CCUCCGUCCUCGUCUCCUCUUAAGUCGUUUUAGUCUUUUAUGAGAUCCACGCAUCAAUAUCAUCGAUUUCUUCCAAUUUUAAGCUCCUCUUCUUUCUCUAUCACACAUCAUCAUUCUCUACUACAGUAAGUCAGUAACAGUAGUACUACUAAUAAUACAGUCUUCUCUUUCUCUCUCCUCUUGUCCUAAAACAACGUUUUCCUCAAUUCUCGUUUCUCUGAACCCCUCAAAAAGACAAAAAUUGUGGUGAAUUUCUCUUCUUUUCUUCUCGUUUACCAAUAAAAAUGCUUUCAAAAUCUUCAAUAAUUUAAAACCCACGUCGCAUUGUUGCUUCUUCUAUUUUCCAGACCCCAAAACCCCACCUGGGUUUUUCCCCUUUUUUGUCGCAGCGCUGUAAAGUUGCAACCCACCACAACUCCUCCACUAUUCUCUUCUUCUUCCCUUUUUUUUUAUUUUUUUAUUUUGGGUUUUCAGUACUUUUUGAAAUACUUAACUUCACAAAAACAUUUCUUCUUCAUUACUUUUUGUUUGUUGGGGACCCCGAGUUGACUCAGUAGUGCGAUAUUUGGUGGCUCAUACAUAUAUUAAGGAAGUAUUAAUAGCACCACUUUUUGCAAUAAAAUCAAAACCCCAUAAAUCAAUUGAUAUUGGGUUUUGGUAGUCUUUAAUUUUGAAAUGUGGGUCGUUUUUUUUUUCCUGGUUGAAUGAAUACUUUGAUGUAUGCUGUUAGAGAGAUAUAAUAUAAGGUUUGGUCUUUAUAAUUUUCAUGGCUCCUUCUGGAAAAAUUGCUGAAUUUCGUCGCGAAGGAAGUGAUUGGUUCUGCAAUGCAGGUUUGCCAAGCGAUAUUACUGUUCUUGUGGAAGGAGUAAAUUUUCACCUGCACAAGUUUCCUCUUGUAUCAAGAUGUGGGAAAUUGGAUAAAGAACAUGAAACUUCUCAAGAUAUACAGAAGCGAUUGUCCCCUGUGUUGCUAGAAGGAUUCCCUGGGGGCCCUGAAACUUUUCUCAUAGCUGCCAAAUUCUGCUAUGGACUUCAUUUUGAUUUGACCCCGAGGAACAUAAUGAUGAUUUAUUGUGCUGCAGACUAUCUAGAGAUGACAGAUCAAUAUGGCUCGGACAACUUGUUAUCUAGGUCUGAUAGUUUUUUCCACAAGAACAUACUUCGUAACUGGAAGGACUGUAUUAUUGCCCUUCAGAGUGCUGAAACUGUCAUACCGUUGGCAGAGAAGCUUCAGUUGAUUGAUAAAUGCUUGAAUGCCAUAUCCACAAUGGUUUGUACAGAUCCAAGUUUGUUUGGAUGGCCUAUGAUGAUGUAUGGUCGUUUACAAAGCCCUGGUGGAAGCAUACUGUGGAACGGAAUCAAUACUGGUGCAAGAAUUAGAAGUGCAGAAUCUGAUUGGUGGUACGAGGAUAUAUCAUAUCUUUGCAUUGAUCUGUUUGAAAAACUUGUUAAAACAAUGCAAGCAAGAGGCAUAAGACCUGAAAAUAUAGCAGGUGCUAUUAUGUACUAUACCAGGAAAUUCCUCCCAGGUCUCAGUCGAUGGCAGGGUGGACAUGGUGGUAAAUCUCGAACAGUUGCAAGUUUUAGCCUGACUCCUGUAACUGUUGAUCAAAAGGCCCUGUUGGAAACUAUUUCAAAGUUGCUGCCUGAAAAGAAGAGCAAAUCUUACUGUCGCUUCUUGUUAGGAAUUUUCCGUACCGCUUUGAUUUUGAAUGUUAGUGAAGAAUGCAAGGAUUCUUUGGAGAAAAGAGUUGGAAUGCAACUUGAUCUAGCAACCCUGGAUGGUCUUCUGAUUCCUACUUACUCAGAUUCUGACACCUUGUAUGACACAGAUUGUGUUCACCGGAUUAUCCAGCAUUUUGUGUCAUCUGAGCCAAGAGUUCCAGCAUUUUCUCCUUGUUCACCUAAUAUAGAAGCCUCACCUUCAUCUGAACCAUUAAGGAAAGUGGCAAAGUUAGUUGAUGGCUAUAUUGCUGAGGUUGCUUCUGAUGUGAACUUGAAACCAGACAAAAUACGUGCCCUUGUCGAGACUCUUCCUGAAGAUUCAAGACCUUUCCAUGAUGGAUUAUACAGAGCACUUGACAUGUAUUUCAAGGAUCAUCCUUGGCUUUCAGAUGGCGAGAAGGAACAACUUUGCAACAUGAUUGACUACCAAAAGCUCUCCAUUGAUGCAUGUGCUCAUGCAUCUCAAAAUGAAAGACUGCCUCUUAGGGUUGUUCUUCAGGUCCUAUUUUUCGAGCAGAUGCAUCUGAGAACUGCUAUUGCUGGUUGUCUCCAUGUCGUGGACCCUGAACAAGGCCCGACUAAUCCUAAUAACGCACAUAAUUCAUUGGUGGACCAGAUUAUCCAGAGAGAUGGGUGGGUGUCAGUUGUGCGUGAAAACCAUGGUCUAAAAGGAGACAUGGAGAGGAUGAGAUCUAGGGUUCAGGAACUGGAAGAAGAGUUCAGUAACAUAAAGCAGGAGAUGAGAAAAGUGAGCAAGUCACAUAGUUCCAUUAGCUCUCCCCGCUUAGUUGCUUGGAGGAUCGGGUGCAAGUUGCUUCCUCGAUCUUCUAAUUCUCAAAGAGAUGUAGUUGAAGUUGCUGAACCCACUCCAAGGGGAUCAGUUGACCAGUCUCGGUCUUCCCGAGAUUUGAGGCAUCGUAAAAGUUUCUCUUUGUUCCAGUGAAAUCCUAAAGAAGCAUGUUUGAGAAGUUGGGUGGAAAGAGAAUAUAUACAAGAACAUGUAUUUUUCUUUUGAUGGAAGAAAAUGGUUAUUGGCGUUAUUGUUGGACAGGAAAGCGUGGGAAAUGGAGGAAAUUUUGUCUAUUUGAAUCAAGCUACAGAUCUUGCGGCAAAGUUGCAUCACGAUAAUGCCACAUGAAGCUUGUGCUAUCCUCUGGAGGGGACUUGAUCAAAAAAUGAUGUUUUUGUUUUUCUGGGUCUGGAUUUGUGUGGAAUUAUUGGCGUUGUUAGGCCUUCAAUUCCACUUAAUUCCAUUUCCAAUGGGGGUGCAUUUAUUCAAAAGGAUACCUUUACCUAUGAAAUGUUUGUUUAUGUUUAAAAAGUGACUUAGUAGGUUUACAAAUGAGUUCAUGACACUGUAAGGGGGGGGGGGGGGGGGGGUAAUGCUAACUAUAACUUCUUAAUAAGCAGAUAUACAUGUUUCUUUGCUGUGAAUAGAUAGAUGUUUCCAAUUUAGUGUGGAUAGACGUUCUCAUGUAAACAAUACAGUAUAGCUCUUAGGUAUAUUACAUGUUCAUGAGGCAUAAAAGCAUAUUAGAGCCCUUAAUUGUCCUUAGCUUGUAUUGCAUCUUUUCAGAUGAAUUGAUGAGUUGGAUGUUGUAUUUGGAGUGA